UAUCCGAGCGCCAUAUUGGUUGUUGCAAGAGGGCUGGAAAAUUAGGAGAUUUGUUUUGCUCCAUCAUUUUUCCUCGACCGCAUAUUACGCCAGAGUGUACAGGACCGAAUCGUCCUCUUUUCCGAAAGAGUUGGAGGACAUUGUUCAGUCUGAAGGCGCGAUUAUUAUUUCGAAACGAGACAGAUUUCCUCCGGAUACCGAGAUCUUACGUUGAAACAUUGAAGGUUGUACAUUCAAAGAAUUCAAGUGUUCGACGGAGGUGUAUUUUUUUUUUUACCAUUCACUGGCGGAACGCUGAAGAAAAUUUGAAACACUUUGCGUGAUCUUCCACGCAGUAAAUCGAUGUAUUGGCUGUGAAAGAAUGAUUGCCAUUUAUUUCGUUGUUUAUCGCUUCAAGCUGAUUGUGCAGAAAGGGUGACCUACCGUCAAGGCUGACUUUGUUGCUUAUGAUGGACCUCUCCGAAAACGAAGAAGGUCAACACUUGAUCCAACACUGUGUCAUCAUUCAACGUGAUGAAAAAGGCUAUGGACUGACUGUGACAGGGGACAAUCCAGUUUAUGUGCAGUCUGUAAAGGAAGGUGGAGCAGCUCACCGGACAGGUGUACAAGUUGGUGACAAGAUUGUCAAGGUGAAUGGAACUGAUGUCAGAGAGUUCAAUCACAUUGAGGUUGUCAACUUGAUUAAAUCUGGUUCCUAUGUGGCACUGACCCUUUUAGGAAAACCACCCUCACAUGCUCAAGUUGACAGACAGCUUGAGAGACCACCACAGUUACCAAAGCAGGUACCCAGAGACCCAGUAAUGGAUGAGAGAACAGUGACUCUUCAGAGAGUGCUUGAUCAAGAGAGGCAGUAUUAUGGCAAAACAUUGGAGGAGUAUAAAAGAAGACCAACAGAAAACCUUCAAAGAGAGCUUGCAGAAUCAACAACACGAAUCAAAGCAUUUGAAGCAGAGCUCAAUGCACAGCGUUUGCCAGUUUCAAGUAAUAAUGGACCCUUUUCAGCUCCUCCUGGUAAAACUGUCUCUCCAACAUGGCAGCAAGUAAACCGAUUUCCAGCCAGGUGUAAUUCAUUAUCAGCUGUGGGCAACACCAGUCCUCCACAAGAUCAUGAUCCAAAUGCACUGUAUGACAACUAUCCACCAGCUGUCAUUUCUCCUGGCAUCAGUGACAGUAGAGAGGUUCCUUCUUCUCCAUCCCAGCCUCCUAUGAGAAAGAUCCCUCAGAAAGGAGAUCAACUUAUGCCUCUUAGUGGUAUAGGUUCAGGUACUUAUCCUGGAAAAAAAAGGCAUAAGAAGCUUUCACUUCCUGAGGGUCCAACUCAUGUGAGACAACACUCCAGUCCAGAAUCUUUCUUUUGUCCCACUAUAAAUGGAAGCUCCUCUGACAAAUCUUUACCUGUAAGAAGUAAUAGCAAGAAAAAGAGUUUUGAUGAUGGAUCUGGACUGUCAUGGAAGCCUGGUUAUCCAGCCACCAAGGCACACAAAAAUCCUCUGACUGCAUCCCUUCCAAAAGCAUGGAAGCCAGUAGGGCAUGAUAGCAAAGGAAUACUAGUAGACAAUGUCAGCAGUAAAAGCAGUAGCAGCAGCAGCAACUCACCACCACCAACACCGACAUUCACAGAAUCAUUAGAGAAAAAAAUACCCAAUGAUGCUGGUGAUAUAUAUGUUGAUGGAGAUGAAGAAUCAUCAUAUAACACCACUGAAAGCAGCAAAAGUAUUGACCCACAGAAUGAUCCAAUCAUGUCAAUGGAGGACGAAGAGUUUGCUUCAGAUGACGAGAAGAUAGAUGACCAUGGGCCAUUUAAUGAUCUAGAAGUGCUUAAAAAUAAACCAGCUCAUAUGGCAGUUUUCCUUCACUACCUUAUCUCAAACAGUGAUCCAAGUGGUCUGUUCUUUUGGAUGGUGACAGAUACCUACAGAGAAGGAACUCUAAAAGAAAUGAAGAAAUGGGCCUAUGAGAUUUAUUCCACUUUCCUGGAUGAGCGAGCACCUCUGAAGGUUGACAACAUGGAUAAGGAGACAGUCAUUGAACCAGUUGUGAGUUGUCUGAAGUCAGAAGAGAUUACCAAAGAUUUGUUUCAACAUGCAAGAACUUUUGCAGAAGCAGAAAUAAAAGAAUUGUUACAAGACUUUAGGAAUAAACGAGCUCUUGGCCUUGGAAGUCUGUUUGGGGACCACAACCUGGAAGAUGACAACAUGGAUAAAGGAAAGGAACUGCUAGUAGUAGAGCAAACUCUGAUGCCUCAUUUGGAGGAGAUCUUGGCUGAAUUGGAGAUGAACACUGGUACAGAUGCUUCACAAGUCAACAGGAAUAAUGCAAUGGUGUCAGCCCUUACCACCUUUCUGAGACAGGUUGGAAUCACCAUGAAGCAACAAGGAAACAAUGCAAACAUUUUGGAACGAUAUCAAAGCUUUACUCGAAAAGAGAACAAACCAUUAUUUAAAAUGAAGUCAAAUAAAAAGAUGAAAGGACAUCACUUUGUUAGUACACAGUAUACAACUCCAACUUACUGCAAUCACUGUGGUAACCUGCUUUGGGGGGCUGGAGACCAAGGAUACCAGUGUUCAACUUGUGAAUACAAUGUACAUAAAGGGAACUGUUUUGAGGCAAUUGAGGAAUGUCCAGGAACAAAGAAAAAAAGGGAAAGGAAACCUACUGCUCAAGCUGGCAGGUCACCAUCAUUUGUGACUAAUAUCAGGAAAACUAGUCAAACACUGGGCCCAUCUCCUUAUGGGGGGAAGAAUUGGAACCCAGAAAAUGAUGAUGAGAAUGAAUCUGACCCUGGACACCCAGAGUACAACAAGAAAAAGAGUGGUUCAUUUGAUGAAGAUCCGAUCACUGGUGGCAGAGACAGAGGAAUGACUGCAGAUGAACUGUCCAGGGAAGGAUUCAUUGGUUCUAGUGAGGAGGGAAUGUCAAAGAUAAAAAGUACAAGUGAGCUGUUUCUUGAUAAACCAUACUUCCCAAAGGUUGGAAGAUCAGAGAGUAUGAAAACACCUAGAGAAAUGAGUAACAAGAUAAUGAAUAUGAGAUUAAGAAAAUCUGUGGCAGGACCUGUGGAUUCUGUAGGUGUGGAUUCUCCCACAAUGGAUGUACUCUCUGAAGAUGGGAGACGUGCCCGCUCACGGUCUCCUUCUUUUCUGCCCGCAGAAGAAGAACCGGACCCAGAUAUGGCAGUAGAUGCUCAACCACCACCUUGGCAACAAGUUGUAGAUAAAAAGCUCUUAAAGGCUUUAAAAGGAAAAGAAGUAAAGCGACAAGAAUUCAUCCAUGAGCUUAUCUACACUGAAAGAACUCACGUUAGAAAUUUAAAAGUCUUGCGCAAGGUUUUCUACAAACCCAUGAUAAAAAUGAAUAUUAUGUCCUAUGCGCAAAUCCACCAACUUUUUCCGAACUUAGAUGCUUUGAUUCAACUUCAUGUGUCAUUAAUGCAGAGCAUGAUGGCUAGACAAGAAGGAACUCGUGAAGCUAUUACAUGUAUAGGAGACGUUAUGCUCGAUAGGUUCGACGGAGAACCUGGUGAGCAAGCAAAGGAGGCUUGUGCACAAUUUUGUAAUCAUCAGAAAUUUGCUCUUGAGCAGCUUAAGCAACGACAGAGAAAGGAUCCAAAACUGCAACAGUUUAUAGUGAAUUGUGAAAAUGAUCCUCUCUGUCGGAGAUUGAGACUGCAAGAUAUCAUUUCAAACAGCUAUCAACGAUUGACGAAAUACCCGAUGUUAUUGGAAGGCAUACAGAAAAAUACUCCAAGUUCACAUGAAGAUGGUAAAAAUAUCGAGAGAGCAAUACACUGUACCAAGGACUUGCUAGCUUACGUAAACCAAAGUGUUAAAGAAUGUGAAGAUCAACAAAGACUGGCAGAUUUUCAGAAGAAAAUCGACCGGAGGCCUCUUGAGAACACCAACAACAAACUAAUGGAGGAGUUUAAGAACUUGGACCUUACCCAAAAGAAGUUGGUUUACGAUGGUCCACUUACGUGGAGAAUAAACAGAACCAAGUGUGUUGAUCUCCAUGUACUGUUGUUAGAAGACUUGCUAAUUCUACUUCAAAAGCAGGACGAUAAGCUUGUUCUCAAGUGUCUUAGUUCGACCUUCCAGGCGGGAUAUCAAAGUGAAAAGACCACACACAGUCCGAUAAUAAAACUGAGCAGCGUGCUUACAAGAAAUGUGGCAACUGAUAAGAGAGCUUUCUUCCUUGUGAGUACGUCUUCUUCAGUUGGACCGCAGAUUUACGAACUGGUGACAGCAACUGUAACAGAUAGGAAAAAUUGGUAUAAGUACAUAACCGAUGCUGUGGAAGCAUUCAAAAUAAAAGAACGAGGUCGCCGCAAUGCAGUAUCAGUUGGCGGUGUUCGACAACCUGUAACGGAAUUAGAUCUCGCUGACCUGCCUAGCAAACGAGUGAAAAUCCAAGCAAAGGAAGAACCUGCUAAGGAACAGAAGCCGAUCGAGGAAGACGUUAAAGCGGAAGAGGAGAACACUGAGAAAGAAACAGAUGCAGAUGAUGAUUUUUCUGAUCCUGCCGAUGAUGAAGAGGAAGAUUGCACUGAGAAUCAGGAGGAAGAUGAUGAUGACGAAGAUGAAGAAACAGAGAGUGAGGCACCAGCCACUCAGGAGGAACUGGCUGUUCCUAAAAUUGUUGAGCCUGCUGGUCGCCAAGAAUUACAGCCUGAGACUGAAUCUGAACCAGAUUCAGAACCUGAAACAGAGACUGAAAUAACAGGGAUGGAGAGUAAAGAACAGGUGCAAGUACAGAGCGAAUCGCCAGUUAAGCUUCAAAUGGCUACAGCUGAGUCCAGUCCUCCGAGUGAUUCAGAAACUGAUGUUCUUUCUGCUGAGGACAGUGAAGCGGCUGGAUCCUCACCUCUCAACAGAGCUUUGGCAGAUCUGACAAAUGAAGAGAGUGUUGACGAGAGAUCUCCACUGGAGAGGAACCGAAACAGUGUGACCUCUGAAUCAUCCUCCAGCUCAUCUAACGACACACUGAAAAUGAGAGGGAGCUUUGUGCACGUGUCUGCAGAUGAACAAGAUGAAUCUGUGGGUGGGCAUCCUUCCCGUUCAGCUGCUGUACUCUUAGAGCUGCUGAGAUCUAAAGACAAUGACCUUCGCAAGAUUCUAGAGGAAAAGUCAAGACUUGUCGCUGAGCUAAGGGGAGCAAACAUGACGAUGGGAUCGGCCACUAGUGAUAGUCACGUAAACGGAGAUUCAGUGGAGGCUAGGGAUUUAAUACUAGCGGCAAUUCUUCAGGCGAAUCGUUUGACAGUAGCUGUGAGCGAUGUGCUUAACCCAAAUAUCGAUGAUAUGUCUCGGGGAGUGGGACACCUCGGAUAUGGUGGCAUUCAGGGUGACUUCUCGCCCCAGCAACAACUCGUUUCUUCCACAUCGGUUCUAAAUGAACAACUCACGACGUUACUCGGAGUUAUAACAGAUCGAGAUAUGGUGCGAGACAGAUUACGAUGUGAUCUUCAGUUAGCUAACUCUCAGAUUCAGCGCUUGAAGCAGGGUCGAUCAUCAUCUCGCCGCACAAGAGAACUUCCUGGUUCCCAGUUCGCUGCUAAUGACGAUAGUUUCCCAGGCGGAUUUCAUUCAGACUCACCUCGACCCAGCUCUCCGACAUCUACCAUUGACUUUGAUUCUGAUUACGCUCGUUUAUCGGAGACAAGCGAUUAUAUAGCCUCUGAGGAUAACAUGGACUCUGUGGGUCGUUCGUCUUCGAUGUCAGGAUUUAGAAACAGAAAUUCACUGGCCUCCAGUGGGUACCGUUCCUCUACGGCUUCUUCUCGGCACACGAGCCGCUCACGUGACGAAUCAACGACCCAUUUGCGUCAGGGAAGGAGCCUAACAAACAACAGGGCCUACUGGAGUGACGACGGUGCAGAAUAUGAGUCACAGUCACAGAUCUAGUUCAGCGACACUCGCCCCUUUGCUCCUGUAGUUUUAGUACAACUUGGAACCAGCACAGACCGUGUGGGGUGGCCACCCAGUACAGACCGUGUGGGGGGUGGCCACCACAGGAUACUUAUGACCAUCGGUGUUGCUUCUGAUGUCGACGUGCUUCAGAGAUGAGUCGUCAACAGAUCUUAAGCCCCGAAAAAUUUACUGUUAUCAAAGCUUUGUGCAGGCACAGCAUUGACUAAGUUUCAAGUGUCAAUUUAAGUUAGGCGAGAGAAGGCAUUUUAGUCUGCAAUGUUCUUUUUUAUCGUUAUUUUAAAUUAUAGGAAGGAUUCUGGUAGUGAAGUUUUAUUUAAGAUUUUUUACUUCUUUAAUAACUGAGAGUGAUCUGCAUCAACAUCAGGUGUUUAGGUUAUAGAGAUAAAGAUAUAUUAAGAUAUGUUAUGAUCUAAUUGUGACAAAUUUGAAUUGCUAAACUGACAUCUUGAAUGAAAUUACCGUAACUUAGCUUGAUAUACCAGGUGAUGGGUUCGUAAACGCUGUGUUUGUGAAGUCUCUGUAAGUUUCUGGAAUAGCUCUUUGUACCGUAGAAUGUUCAAAUUUUCAACGAUCAAACACUGCAGUAACCAAUGAUACGAGAGCUCGUUGCAAGGAUUGUUUCUCUUUUAUCGAAUGAGUUUCUAGUUGUUCCGACCAGAAUUUCAUGCCGCUGUUGGGAUAGGUUUUAAUCAAGGUGCCUUUGUGCUAAAGUUUGCGUUUUAAGAGCGGUCAUAGUAAACCUAAGAAACCUAGUAAACCUAAGUUUAACCUAAGAAACACUUCUUAUAUUUUUUCCCUUUUACGUUUAAAUGUUGUUUCUGAAAAAUUCGAAAGUUGUUCUUACUGAUUUUUCUGAAGUCGCCCAAGGUACGUUCCUUUCACCACAAGCUUCCAGUUAGUGUUAACUGUCUGCAUAGAUGCGUAGGAAGCGUAGUAAGGGUUUGAACGAAAGUGAAAGGUAACGAAAACAUGAUGCUAGCUAUGGGGGUUGUUUGUUUCCCCUGAAAUUUCUGUGGCACAGCCGAUUGUGCCCAAACAAACCAGGAUUGAUUGUAGUCUCUUAAAUGUACAGAUAUAGUGUUAUGGACCUUGACAGCGUAGAUAGAACAUUUUAUUCUUUUAAAAUGGAGAUUGUAUGUACAGUAUUAUUGACCCAAAUUCAUAAUAAGGAGACUCCUUAUUAACGAUAAAUGCAAAUGGCCAGGUUAGUUUAGCCAAUUAAAGUCCAUUAAUAACAACUUGA